AGCUCACAGCUGACGUAGUUUCAUAUCCGCAGCCGUCCCGCGUCUCAGGUUAUUUCUUCUUCACACACACAUAUACAUGCAUGUACGUUGUUGUUGUUGAUCUGUGAUUGAGCACGUCAUCGUAGAAUACCACUCGUACGAUCUUUUAUUCUUGUUGUUUCUCUUUCCCUCCUCCUUUACCACAACGGUUAUUCGUUUUAUUCGUUAACAACAAUGUCGUCGUGGAUGGAGAAGUACAGCGUGCACAAGAUGCUCAACACCACGCUGGGGGCCGCGCAGGCCGCGUGGGGAUGGGCCCAGGAGCGUCUGUGGCCCAUCUACUCCGCCGCGAUCGUUCUCUCCCUCUUCCAGAUGAUCGCCAUCGCCUCGGAGAAGCAAAUUAUGGCGGACCACUACUUCGGCGACGUCGACGGCAGCUUCGACACCAAGAAGGAGGAGUUAGUCACGGACGCGAAGAAGCUGUUCAACGAGGAGGUGACGGUGGCGGUGAAGGAACACGUGUGGCAGCUGCCCCCUGCAGCUUUCCGUCGCGAGUACAACAGCCGUCUGGGCAGCGCGUGA